CAGAAUUACCCAGAAUGCUCUGAGCCCCAGCUGGAGGAGGACAAUGACCUGGACUGUGAUGGUCAGAUGAAGAAGACUAGUGUUAGAGAGGUAGCUCUGAAGAUCACACUGUACAUCCUGAGGACCAUGAAGCAGAAUGAUCUUGCUGACAUGCUGGAGAAGAGACAGCUCAUGCUGCAACAGGAAAUCAAGGGUAAACUUAAGAAGCAAUUUGAGUGUGUAUUUGAAGGGAAAGCUAAGGAAGGACAGCCAACACUUCUCAGUGAGAUUUACACAGAACUCUACAUAACUGAAGGUGGGACUGGAGCAGUCAAUGAUGAACAUGAAGUGAGACAGAUUGAAACAGCAUCCAAGAAAAGGCGAACAGAAGAUACUACAGUCAAGUGCAAUGAUAUAUUUAAACUCUUAUGUGGGCAUGAGACACCUAUCAGAACUGUACUCACUAAAGGGGUGGCAGGUAUCGGGAAAACAGUCUCUGUGCAGAAAUUUAUUCUCGACUGGGCAGAAGGAAAAGCAAACCAGGAUGUUCACUUCAUAUUUGCUCUUCCUUUCCGGGACCUGAAUUUGAUUAAGGGUGAAUACAGUCUGAUUGAACUGCUUCACCACUUUGUCCCAGAACUGAAACCAAUUCAAUCCACUGAGCUGUUUAGCUACAAAGUCUUGUUCAUCUUUGAUGGUCUCGAUGAGUGUCGCCUUCCUCUCGAUUUUCAGAACAAUGAGAGCUGCCCAUCACAGUAG